UUCUAGCUACGAUAUUUAGGAGGGGUUUAGAGCGCCUCUCUUGCUUCUUCGCUUCUUCGCUUCUUCGCUCUGCCGUCUCUUUUCCUUUCAAUCUGCAACAGCUUCGACUUCAGCGCUGUCUGCAGGCUGACCUCAAUCUAAGAGAGAGAGAGGCUGCGAGGGGCCGUCAGUCUGCCUUGCCUUGGCACCCCCAUUGGCUCGGUCUUAUUCUCAGCACUUCAUGUCUCGCCUUCCGCUCCAGGUCAACGCUCCGUGCACGGCGAAUGCUGAAGGUUUGUGUGUGUAUGCCAGGCGACAUGGUGGCAAAUGGCCAUUUCCAGCACACCUACACUGAGCUCCGUUCAGCAGUCGUCGUCUCCACAGCCCAGCCUCGACAUGGGAGGCGUAUCAAGGGCAGAUGACGCAUGUGCCGAGGCCUGGCUCCUUGAGCAUGCACCGGCUGAGACGUCAUUUCGGCGACCUGCUCAGCACCCUGCUGUGCACAUUCCAGGCGGAUUUUCUCAGCUGGCAGCACAUGCUCAAACACCAAGGCACCACGUCUUCUCGCGCUGGCUGGCUGUGUGUCUUGGUGCUUCGUUGGCAGAAUUCUGGUUCGCUAUCUGCUGUGCUGCCAUGACAAGCACUCCCUAAGCCAAGCGCUGUUAUCGCCUCCGACCAAUAUCGCCCCAACAAAAAGCAGAAAUUUUGCCGCUCGAGAAGUCAAGCCAGAACUGCGCCGCCUUGUCGAAUCCUCUAGCACUUC